GUUGGAGGCGGACGCGGCUCUCGCGCUCAGCACCGACACACAAGAGUCUGUGGGUUUGGUUGGCAGCAGCAGCAGCAGCAGCUCCGGAAGACCACCGAACAACAGCAGAGUCCAGUGAUGACACGAAGCUGCAGCUGUAACUCACUCAACUCUCUUUCUCCGUUCUGAACACUGCACAGGUCGCCGCCUCCUGCUCCUCUCCCUCCUCUCCCUCCCUCCCUCCCCCCCCCCCGUGCUGGUGUUUUGACAGACUUUAACUCCGAGCUGCUCAGAUUCUCGUCAGAACCAAACACCGGACAAAUAAAGAGGGGGAAGAAACACAACGGACUCGCUCUCGGGGGGUGAAAUGUGCGGCUCGUGUCGGUGUCUUGCGAGGAGAGGGUCCGACACAGAGCUGUAGUUUCUCUUCCCAGAAGCGAGGAAUGCAAUCUGAGCAUCAAUGUUUCACUGGGGCAAGUGGAAGAAGAGGAUGGGGGCCAACAGUUCUUCAAAGAGACCCGUGUUCGACGAGAAGGAAGAUGUGAACUUUGAUCACUUCCAGAUAUUGCGUGCCAUUGGGAAAGGGAGUUUUGGAAAGGUAUGCAUUGUGCAAAAGAGGGACACGGAGAAGAUGUACGCCAUGAAGUACAUGAACAAGCAGCAGUGCAUAGAGAGAGAUGAGGUCCGAAACGUCUUUAGAGAGCUUGAGAUCCUACAGGAAAUUGAACAUGUUUUUUUAGUAAAUCUCUGGUACUCGUUUCAGGAUGAGGAGGACAUGUUCAUGGUGGUGGACCUCCUGCUGGGAGGAGACCUGCGCUACCACCUGCAGCAGAACGUUCAGUUCAGCGAGGACGCUGUCAAACUCUACCUCUGUGAGAUGACACUGGCGCUGGACUACCUGCAGAGCCAGCACAUCAUCCAUAGAGAUGUCAAGCCAGACAAUAUCCUGCUGGAUGAGCAAGGUCAUGUUCACUUGACGGACUUCAACAUUGCAACAAUAAUAAAGAAUGAAGAGAGAGCCACGGCCUUAGCUGGGACCAAGCCCUACAUGGCCCCAGAGAUCUUCCAGUCCUUUGUAAGUGGAGGGUCGGGCUACGCCAUUGAAGUCGACUGGUGGUCACUGGGGGUGACAAUCUUCGAAUUGUUGCGUGGAUGGAGGCCCUAUGAGAUACAUGCCAGUAACUCAGUGGAGUCGCUGAUUCAGCUCUUCAGCACAGUCAGCGUGCAGUACAGCCCGACCUGGCCCAAGGACCUGGUUUCCCUCUUGAGGAAGCUACUGACAGUGAACCCAGAGCAUCGUUUCUCCCGUGUGUCCGACAUGCAGACAUCUCCCUACCUCGCUGACGUUAACUGGGACGCCGUGUAUGAGAAGAAGAUGGAGGCCGGAUUUGUCCCUAAUAAAGGUCGCCUCCACUGCGACCCCACCUUUGAACUGGAGGAGAUGAUCCUGGAGUCGCGUCCCCUUCACAAGAAGAAGAAGAGGCUGGCCAAGAACCGGUCUCGAGACAACAGCAAGGAUUCACAGUCUGAGAAUGACUACUUACAGGAGUGCCUUGACGUGGUGCAGCAAGAGUUCAUGAUCUUCAACCGGGAGAGGUUGAAAAGGCGUCAGGACGAGGGCCAGUCAGAGGCCGGGGCCGAUGAUGCCAGUGGAGAUGGGGAGAGGGAGGCCGAAGCCGGGGCCACCGACGAUGACGCACCUGAGCCAGAACCUGAUCCCGGUCCUGAGCCGGAGCCCGAGUCCUCCUCCAAGCUGAGCAUGUGCGGCUCGGUGUGCUCCUCCCCCGGCAGCUGCUAGCACCACAUCGCCUCACAGUGACGAUUGCAGGUCUCUCUGGCCGCUGCAGUGUUUGUGCCAUACCAGUAGAUACGUUCUCACCUCUCUCCUCUAUUGUAGCUAGGGGUGGAGGGAACGCACAGCAGGGCAACUUGAAGCACAGCAGGACCUAAAGUGGCUCCCACCAUUUCUCUUAUCUUUAUUUUUUUUCUGUAGCAUCCUUCCGGUAAGGCAUGAAUGAAGCAGAGUCCCAGAGAGUCCCCACCUUCUGUAUCCGCCCACCCUAGAGUAAGCUCUAACUUCUAUGCAAUGUUACAGUAUAGCAUGACAAAUAAGGUAUCACUUACAGGGAGGUGUUGUUCAGGAGCAGAGAGCCCCACGAGCAUGAUGACAUCCCGAGCAAUAGCGGUGCUGGGUUUUAGUGGGAUUGGUGGUUUCGGCGGAGACGUCUCCCCCCCUCAGACUUCCUGUUCAAAAUCUGAUGGGGACGACUGAAUUAUUCAGCACACGCAGGCACUCAAGUUUAUGUUAUUGCCUGUGUCUUCUUCCCUCUGCCCUUUUCAUGUAAUGUGUGCCCUAAUUCAGAAAAAUCAUUUUUCUCCUGGAGCGCCUUCCUUCUAUUGUAACACCUUUAUGAGACACCGUAAGUGUUAAUGGCUGUUUUCAGUCGAGCGAGACAGUGUGGCUGGUUUCAUGUUGUAAACCUGUUUAAAGUGGUGCCUGUUGAUGAUAAUCAGUAUUUGUUAAUAACAGUGUAGCCAUGCUUGUUUCAUUUUCCUCCUUAAGCGUUAACCAACUUGUUUCUCUGAGCUUUUUUAGGAUGACUGCGCACGGGAAUUUAUGGGAAAUUAGUGCAGCAAUCAAGAUGAAAGGUUUCACUUGUCACUGCUACGGUUCCCAAGAUGUAGUAUUUUAGCUCGUGCUCUUAUUCAGAGAGCAUUCAGAAACUCUGCUGUGGGGAACAAAUAUAAACAAGCUACAGUCACAUCCUUUAAUAAUCAAUUAGAACGCUCUAUUUGCUUCACUAGACACCAUCAUCUCUUUAAGUGCUUGGUUAGUAUAAAGAUCAUCUCCAACUAGAGUUUAUUUUGGGGCUGUACUUAAAUGUGUAGCUGUGUCCUGUUGGUACUUCAAAUUGUAUAGAUGAGAUAUGCUAUUACUGUCAUCAUGAUAGUGUUACAUUUAAGGUGGCACCAUUGAUCUCAGUCUGAACAGCUGGGAACAUGUAGCAAAAGUCCACCUUAAAACCCUAAGGCCUAAUAAAAUAAAAACCGUGUAAAUAGCAUAAAGUGUAGGUUAUUAAACUCACCACAGUUUUAUGUGGGACUUCGAACUCGACGUAUAAACUAAAGGAAGAGCUGCGUGAAGCUUCUUAUGCUUCAUUCUGCUCCUCUUUCCAAGUGUGCAGGCACAACUUGUAGGCAAAAUAUGCCAAAGCUUUUCUACCAUUUGCAUAACCAUUUCUAAGGAACUUAAAGUGUGUGAAUGUAUGUCUCUUUUUCCCAGUACAACAUAAAGUCAGCGUUCCUUCUGCAAGUGAAAAAAAUACUAUCAUUUAUACAAUCAUAUUGUGUAUAAAGUAUAUAUUUCAGGUAAGGGGGUGACCUCAAAGUUAUAGUUUUGGGAAGUAUGUCUAUUCGCUUUUUUUAAAAGGAUGAAAUGAGAAUAUCGAUGCUACCACUAAGUAGUGUAGAGCUGAGAGGUAAUUUGCCUUUCUUAUCUUAUCCUGGCUUAGUUUAGCCGAGUUUAACACACAGACUGGAAACAGGGGUAAAUAGGACCCAUGGCUUUGUUCAAAGUAAAACAAAAACAGUUAACAGGGCCCAAAAUUAGCAUGUUGUAUCGUGUGUGUAUAAUUAAUAUCUAAAUUAUCAACUAAAAUGUAUUCACAUACUCUGUUUGGCCAGGACUACGGCCAGGACCGGUACAUUUCCAGACAUGCUGCGCAGAGGUUCUGAUUGGUUGGAAAAAAUAGUCGCAGUUACACCAGAUCCUUUUAAUUAAACCAACAAAAUAAAUUUAUAUGUUUAAAUGCGUGAACAUAUUUCAGAGUUAGAAGAAGUGUGUUCAGUUUGGAGCUAAAGUGAAUUGGUAGGUGGAGAGAGUGAAUUUUGCAGCGAGCACUUCUAGCUGUUGAGGAGAAUCUCGAGGGACGACGAGGCAGCAGAAGGCACCAGGAGGCUACAUUUACAUGGUGUUCCUGCUAACCUGGCUGCAUGAGAAACCUUAUCCUGUUUUAAAAACCACAGUUAUGAAUCCUUUCAACGGCCUUCAUGUCUGGUGUCAUUUUCACUCUGUGUUAAAGACGAGGGCUGGCCAGUAAAGUAAUGGCCAAAGAUCCCCCAAAAAACAGAGACGGAUGAUGUAAACAAUCAUUUCAUAGUGUAGGGUAACACUGUAGCACUGCCGUGGCUUGUUAGUUGUCAAUACGGUAAUUUGAGGAGGAGGAUUUCUAUCAGUCCCAGGGGUCAGUUGACAGACCGUUAUGUUACGUUACACCAUGUGCGGACACAGUUUAACUCUACUACAAGAAGACUCCCUGUCGAGUAGGUUUAACAUGGAUUAAAUGUCCAAAGCACAUGAUGAAGAACUUUGUGUUGUAACAUUUCUGUAAGUGUAGGUAAAUGGGAAAUUAGUGAACUUUACAAUUCAGUGACUCAGUGGCUAUAUUUAAACUUUCAAUCGCCGUCCCAUUAAUUCUUCAAAGUCUAGUUCAGUUCAGUUUAUUUCUAGUUUUUUUAAAGGUAAAAUAAAAAUACUUUAGUUGAAAAUAUAUCACAAAAUAGAUAAUCAGCAGCAACAUUUCAUUUUACAAAUGACAGGUGGUAUGUUAGCUGCUUGCUAUCGUUAGCCACUGGUGAACCAACAUUCAGUUGUAUUCCUCUUUUUUUUCCCGGUUUUGUGAAGUGUACUAUUUGAUUCAUAAUAGAUACAUUGUCUUACUUGCCCAACACUGGUAGUAGUUGGCAGACCGCUACGCUAUGUUAGCAAAGCACCACUGGCGGAGGCAGUUUACUUCUACUAAAAGAGGCAAAAGACUCCAGGUUGAGACAGUUUAACAAGAACUCUGUGUUACGAUAUUUUUGUAAAAUUUAAAAUGAUUGAUCCCUUCAUUGAUCCCUUCACUAUACCAGUUAUUACUACCAAGUAAUUUAUGGCCGUGCUGUGAUAUUCAGCUAACAAUAAACAUGCUUGCAGAUCAGCUGGCUAGCAUUAGCGGUAGCGAUCUUCUCAUCUCACCCUCACAAAGAAGGCAAAUAAGUGUACUUCCCAAAAUGUAGAACUAUUUCUACAAACACUAUACAUUAUGAUUAGAUUAAGAAGCUUCUUUAAAGGGAUUUAAAAGUGGCGUCCUCCAAGUUUGGCAAAAUAUAUGAUGAGUUUAAUACUAACAAGCCCUGUGCUUUAUUUUUGCAUGUACCUUUACAGUAUAAGCCUGUUCCUGCCAAAGUCUUGAGCUUGAGCCUUUACUGGCUGAUUCGUGCAUGCACAAGCUUUUGGUAAUAGCUUACCUUGAUACUCACCGCAUUAUCGACACAGUCCAAAUCAGAGUGUAACUGGCCUGCAUCACUGUUCCUGGACAGUGAGUUUUGUGAACUUUAAACUGUAAAAAAACGUGUAAUCCCAGUGUUAUAUGGACGGCAUGAUAUUUUUAGAUGAUAUGCAGUACCUUUGGCAUCCUGUAGGUUGUCGUGAUGCUCUGUUCAAGCAUACAGGCUCGUACCCUCGCUGUAUGAGUACGUUGAGGUCAGCAGCUCUGUGUGAUGAUCUGUUGUGGGUUAAGUGUUGCGUUAUUGUUUGUGCAGAAAGAAGAAAUUGGAACUGGGGCAGGUUUUCUCUUCACCCCGACACAGAAUUUGCUGCAUUAUUAAAAUCACUGAAUGUCUCCAUUCGUGGAAAAGAAAGUUCAAUCAUUUCUAAGACUCUUUAAAUGAGAAAACACAUCAUCAGAGUUGGCACAGGCCUGAAAUGGAUGUGCAAUUAUAUGUUCGUCAUUUGUAAAUGGAUUAAAAACUGACUUUGACGGUUAAUUUAAGUGUAGCUUUUCUCUAAGUUACAAUACUAAUCUACGGUUUUGACAUUUGUUCCUUGAUAUCAGUGAUCAUUCCUAAUUGGGCCGUGCUUGCAAACCCUACUGACAUGUUUCUUUGUGUGUUAAUGUUCUGGAUGCUGUUAGGUGUUUAAAAAAAAAGGCAUUGUGCUAGUGUUUGACCAGCAGCAGCAUGUCUCCUAUGAUUGAUGCUCUCAAGGCGUACCAUACUGUAGAUGUCUUUAUCUCUGUGGAUACAGUUUGAAACUCAGUGCCCUGGUGACAAAACAAAUCCAGAAGAAAACGUGAUUUAUGCUUCUCUUUUCCUCCUUGUGAUCCUAUUUUGCAUAAUGUUCUUGUGCUGUAGGAUUUUCUUUUCACAGGGAGUCAGUGAAAGCCUUGUUACUGUACCAACUGAAAAUGCUCUGUGUUUAAAACAUGCUGCUUUAACUGCUUUGAUAACGAAAUAAAACUCCUUCCAGUAAUUUUA